UGCAAGGUCCGUGCGCCUGUGACGUGUUGUUUUGCAGGAUUGCGUGUCGAUUAGCAUACAAGGCCGCCUACCUGUUCCUUGCUACCCAAAGAACCUGCGUUUUCCCUCCCCCAAUGGUUUUCAGUCUUGAUAAAACUCGCCCGGUGAAAUUAAGAGGCUGUAGUAUUCGAGUGCCAAGAUUCGGCGAAAUAUUUCGCGCAGUAUAAUCCCGUCCGUUUUUCCGCAUCAGGUUCAAAUUUCCGAACGAUCGGUGAAUUUUUCUGAAACCAUGGAUUUAGUUUCAACGACACUGUUGCUCCUCGGUAUCGGUGCUUUAUCGGUACUCAUGACCUGGGUUCGAAAAAGAAUUUUUUUCUGGCAGCUGAGGGGCGUCCCGGCCGCAAGCGCAGUGCCAUUUCUGGGUAGUUACAUGCCGUUGUUUUUACGGAGACUGGCGCUACCCGAUUUUCAAAAGUACCUGUACACCAUAGACAUGGAGUCGAAAUACAUAGGAAUGAUGGACUUCAAUACGCCGUCUGUUCUCGUCAGAGAUCCCGAGCUCAUUAAGCAGCUUGGUGUCAAACAGUUCGAAGAGUUUCCGGACCACAAGCCUGUCGUUGGUGAAGCUACCGAUUCGUUCUUCGGGAAAAUGAUGUAUUUUGUGACGGGCAACCGAUGGAAGGAAAUGAACGCCGUGAUUAGACCGGCCUUCACGUCCAGCAAGAUCAAGUUCAUGUCCGAGCUGGUCUCAGAGACCGCGACCGACUUCGUUGCCUACCUUUUGCGACACCCCGAGCAGACUUCGUCGAUAGAAAUGAAAGACGCCUUCACGCGCUUCACCGCUGACGCCAUAGCCACAGCAGCAUUUGGCUUAAGAGUCGAGUGCAUGGAGGACAAAAACAACGCUUUUCACACUUGGGGCAAACAGGCCACGGAUCUCAGCAGUUCCUUGGUUCUGUCAAAAAUUAUUUUAUUCCGAGUUUUUCCGCGGCUAUCGCGCUGGUGGGGCAUGUCCCUGAUCUCUGAAAAGUCGGCUAAGUUCUUCAAGGAUUUUGUCAAGGAAAACUUGGCGAGUAGAAAGAAGCUGAACAUCGCGAGGCCGGAUGUUAUCCACUUGCUUUCGCAGGCCAGUAAGAAAAAUGACGGCAUAGUCAUCACCGUUGACGACGUUAUCGCCCAAUCGUUCAAUUCCUUCUUUGCCGGGUUCGACACCUCAUCGACGCUGAUGUGCUACACCGCCUACGAGCUAGCCGUUAAUCCGGACGUACAGGAUCGUCUUCGGGAUGAGAUUGACCGGUGCUUGCAGGACAACCAUGGAAUCAUAUCGUACGAAUCGCUCAACGGCAUGAAGUAUCUCGAUGCCGUUGUCGCCGAGGCGCUCAGGAAGUAUCCACCGCUGCCAUUCACCGAUAGGAUAUGCCGCAAACCCUUCGAAUUACCUCCUGCUCUUCCCGGGACCGAUUCGUUCACCCUACAACCAAAUAUGGUCGUGUAUUUUCCGAUUUACGCAAUCCAUCACGAUCCAAAGUACUUUCCGGAUCCUGAAAAAUUCGAUCCGGAACGUUUCAGUAAGGUAAACAAAGCCAAAAUCACACCCUAUACUUAUAUACCUUUCGGAGUUGGCCUCAGAAUUUGUUUGGGAGAUCGGUUCGCCUUGAUGAGCGUCAAGCUGAUCCUGACUCAUUUGCUGGCAGAGUUCGUUUUAAAGCCGACUCCGAAAACCCCGAUGCCGCUCAGAUUUUCUAAAAAGUCCUUAACCAUGGGUGUAGAGGAUGGGUUUUGGCUUGAAUUGCUACCGAGAAAAUCGGGUUUUUAAUCAACUAUUCAAAUCCAAGAUAUACCUCCUGAUAUUAUUAUUUUUAUACUUUACUCACAGCCUGAAUUUCAUUCUCACCAAGUACUCCUGGUUUUUUUUCCUCUCUCUCUCUUUUAUUUAACCAUCAAUUCGACCAAAAUGAAUCAUUUUUGCCGGAAAUUAUUUGGAUAUUAAGUUAUUUAUACGUAUGUGCUACAUGUAAUCCAGGAUUUCAUAAUCCCAGAGAACUCAUUUUUUAUCAGUGGCAUAGUUUAUUUUAUAAUUGA